AUGAGAUACGCUACUUUAUUACCUAUUGCUCUUUUAGCUUCCGUCGUUCUUGCAGCCGAAAUCGAAGAAAGAGAAGAUGAUGGUUAUUAUACUGACGACAGGUAUGACACUGACAAUGAUGGGUAUGAUACCGAUAAUGAUGGUCCAUAUGAUCCUAGAACAAGAACUGGAACUACCGUUAGCACAGUAACAGUGACUCCACCACAAGCAUCCAGCACUUCUGCAUCUCAGACCACCAGAGCUGCUGACCCUCAAAAUCAAAUUAAUGAUGAUGACGACCUUAAUAGACAAGCUACUGUUGUCGUGACUACAACCACUAACUCCAACGGUGCUACCAAUCUCAAAAUGGAUGGGUUAUUAUUUGUUUUAGGCAUUGCUUUACUUUAG